CGGAACACACGUACAUUUUGUUUUCAAAAAAUCUCUGUGAAAUUAUAUUAAUAUUACCGAUUAAAUUCAAAUAAACUACGUGAAAAUGCUUUCACGGUUUAGAAAUUAUAUGUUACCGUAUUUAUAUCUAUACCGGCGGUCCAUUUCGUCCACAACUAGAAUAAUUCUGAAGGAAAACUUGUCCGCUGCGGCGUACAAGCCAGAAGUUGUGGAAAAAGACAAAUACAAUCAAUGGGAAUGGAAGGGCUUGUUCAAAGCCGAGAAUUUAAGCGACAAGCCUCCUUUCAGCAUGGUUCUUCCACCUCCGAACGUCACAGGAAAACUGCAUUUAGGUCACGCUCUAGCCUGCACCAUUCAAGAUGUGACCGUAAGAAGAAAGAGGUCACUAGGCUUCAAUGUGCUCUGGCUACCUGGCACUGACCACGCUGGAAUAGCUACUCAGGGUGUUGUAGAAAAGUAUUUGCAUAGCAAGAAAGGAAUGGACCGAUUAACGAUUGGCCGUGAGAAAUUCAUCAACGAAGUUUGGAAGUGGAAAGAAAAGCAUGGAGACACAAUUUGUGAACAGCUACGAACCCUUGGCUGCUCUUUGGAUUGGUCAAGACAAAAGUUCACGAUGGACCCCAAACAUUCAAACGCAGUUAAUACAGCGUUCAUAAGAUUAUUCCAAAAAGGCCUCAUUUACCGGAAGAAGGCUCUAGUCAACUGGUGUAACGCAUUAAAAUCUACAGUGUCCGAUAUUGAAGUUGAGAAUGAGACUAUAAAUGGAUCAACAGAUAAGGUGAUACCAGGAUAUGAUAGGCCCAUCAGAUUUGGUCUCAUGUACAGCUUUGCAUAUAAACUGUUCGAUCCACCGUCAGAAGAAAUAGUAGUCUCUACAACAAUGCCUGAAACGAUGCUGGGUGAUGUGGCUAUUGCAGUUCAUCCACAUGAUUCCAGGUAUAAACACCUUAUCGGCAAGCAAGCUAUACACCCAUUUCGAAACGCCACAAUACCCAUCGUAGCAGACGAUUUCGUCGACAUGGAAUUCGGGACUGGAGCCGUGAAAAUAACGCCAGCGCAUAGCAAAGUUGACUACGACAUCGCCAAACACCAUCACUUGCCUCUACUACAAGUUAUCGACGAGAAUGGCUGCAUGAAAAACUGUGACAAAUACAAUAACCACAAAAAGUACGAUUGCAGAGAAAUUAUCGUUCAAGCGUUAGAAAAUUCUGGACUCCUCAGAGCAGUGAAACCACAUCCAAUGACGUUACCAGUGUGCAGCCGGACUGGUGACGUCAUAGAGUAUUUGCCGAAGGAACAGUGGUUUUUAUCGUGUAGUGCAAUAAACGAGAGAAUCUCAGAAAUUUUAAAAGAGGGGAAAUUAAAAAUUGAACCAGAAAAGUUCGUCAAACAAUGGUUAAAUUGGACUGGGGAUGACAGAGAUUGGUGCAUAUCACGGCAGCUCUGGUGGGGUCAUCAAAUUCCCGCCUACAAAUGCAGCGUCGAAAAAAGUGUCAUCUGGAUCGCAGCUAACGAUGAGAUGGCAGCCAAACAGCAAGCAUCCAAAUUCCUACGAACAUUGCCUGGGGAGAUCAAGGCAGAAAGAGAUACUGAUGUCCUAGACACUUGGUUCUCCUCAGGCAUAUACCCAUUCGCUGUUUUGGGAUGGCCCGAGCAUUAUUACAACGAAGACUACAGAGAAUUCUACCCGUUAGACCUUAUGGCCACUGGACACGAUAUCCUAGGUUUCUGGGUACACAGAAUGGUGAUCCUUGGCCUGGAACUAACGGAUAAGUUACCAUUUAAUAAAGUCUUGCUACACGGUAUUAUUUGCGAUAACAAAGGCGCUAAAAUGUCCAAGAGCAAAGGCAACGUCAUUGACCCACUCGACGUCAUCAACGGGAUAUCGAUGGGCAAACUCAAGGAGAAAACGGAGGAUAUGCACAAAAACGGAAUUUUGAGCAAGGAAGAAAUGAACAAGGCGUUGGAUUACCACAAAUCAAAUUUCUCCAAUACGAACGGCAUUCCCCAGUGUGGAGUUGAUGCUUUGAGAUUCACUCUCCUCUCGCAAGACGUGAAAUCUCAUUUUGUCAAUUUCGAUGUGGCCAUGUGCCAUGCCAACAAACUUUUCUGCAACAAAAUCUGGCAAAGUGUCAAAUACACCCAGUUAUCCUACAACAAACUGGGCGUUAUUGAAGAUAAAAUAACUUUAGACGACCUCACAUAUUUCGACAAGUGGAUUCUUAGCAGACUCGCGGAUAUGGUGGAAAAAGUCAACGUGUCUAUGGAUACUUAUAAUUUCCAUAUAGCAACGAAAGCUCUGAGGAAUCUUAUCUACAACGAAUUUUGUGAUGUGUACCUAGAAGCUACGAAACCGGGUUUUGAUAGUGAUAACAAAAAAAUGGGAUUUGCACACGCUCACACUCUUUCCGCAGUUUUGAAUACGUCGCUAAGGUGUCUUGCACCUUUUAUGGCAUAUUUAACGGAUGAACUCAUCCCUAAAAUUCCUGCCUUUCAAAGAAACAUCAUCAUAAACUUCAAUGACAGUGGGAAACCAUAUUUAGAUUUUCCCAAACCUGAAGAUUUCAACGCUUGGAAGAAUUUAGACUUGGAAGGGAAAGUAGGGAAACUGUUGAGCGCCAUAAAUCUAGUCAGAGAAUUGAGAGGUUUCUACGGGAUUUCGAAUAAAUUUAAGCCAGCAAUACAAUUUUGUACCUCUGAUGAAACGUUGGUGUCUGAUAUAAAAUAUAAUGAAAGAAUUGUGCUGAAUUUAACCAGAUGUGGUCUUCUUCAUUUCGAUGCUGAGGCCGCGAAAAACUGCGUCAGUGGCAUUUUGGAUAAAGAUACUAAAGUGUGCGUAGAAAUUAUUGGAGAUAACGUAGAUAGCACCAUAUUGGCUGCUAGGGAUAAAUUAGUAAAGAAAAUUAACAAGCUGCAAGAAGCUAUAAUGAAGUUGGAAGAAAAACAAAAUAAUCCACAUUAUUUGAACUCCGCGUCGGAAUGGACGAAAGUCUUAGAUAAGGAAAAGUUAUUGACGAAACAACAAGAACUGAAGCAACUUAAAAGACUGAUUUAAACGUUUUAUCAUUCGACAUUAAAUUUAACUUGCGCGCGCGCGGGCUUUUGACAAAUGAAAUGGGCGGAGCCUAGCGCUGUUAUUGGAUAUAUCUAUCUCGCUCAUUUGUCUUGAGUGAAAGGGAUGGAUAGUUCCGAAAAUUCGCACGUGUAUUUGAAUGGUGUAAUUAAAUUACAUACAAUAAUAUUUAUUGCAGAUGUUGUAUUUGUCCUGUGUAGGUAUGACUUUGUUAGUUAAAUUAAAAAUGUGCAUUUGUUAAUUUUAAAAUAUUUAUUUUAUAAAAUCAAUAAAACUUUAAUUUUACAACAAUCGUUUUAUUAGAGCUAUGAAUUGACUAACAACAACAAGAGUGGCCCCUCUGAACAUAAACUUAGAUCAAGAAGGUAUUUUCAAAAUGCCUUUUUUAGACCACCACUACAUACUAGGCGAAUAAA